CUGGGCCGCACCGGCCUGACGGUUUCCCGGGCCGGCUUCGGCGGCGGCGGCAUCGGCCAGGUCUGGGGACCCACCGAUGAGCAGGAGGCCAUCGCCUCCGUUCACCGGGCCCUGGAACUGGGCAUCACCUUCUUCGACGUGGCGCCGGGCUACGGCGACGGCAAGGCGGAAGAAGCCCUGGGCAAGGCGUUGGAGGGUCGGUCGGAGCCGGUGGUCGUCGCCACCAAGGUGAGGCUCCUCGCCGACGAGAUGGACGACGUGGCCGGCGCGGUUCAGCGCUCCGUCGACAUUAGCCUCCGCCGGCUGCGCCGCGAUUCGGUUGACGUGCUCCACGUGCACAACCGCUUCACCGAGCGGCGCGGCGAGGUGCCCAAUUCCCUGUCGGCAGACGACGUGCUCGGCCCGGUGCUCGACGCUUACCGCGCCGUCCAGCGGGCCGGCAAGACCCGUUUCAUCGGACUGUCCGCCAUGGACCACCACCUUCCCACCAUGCGGCGCAUCCUUGAGGCCAACGAGUACGACACUGUUCUCGCCUACUACAACCUGCUGAACCGCACCGCGAUGGAGCUGCCUCCGUCCGGGGUGGAGCUGUUCGACAACGGGCAGAUCAUCCCCCUGGCUCGCAGCCUGGACAUGGGAGUCAUCGGCAUCCGCUCCCACGCCGCCGGCGCCCUGACCGAUGGCCUGGAUCGCCCGCCCCGUCCGGGCGACGCGCUGAUGCAGAAGGACCUGGCGAGCGCGCAAAAGCUGGGGUUCCUGUUGGACGGACCCAUCCGGACCCUGUCCCAGGCCGCAAUGGUCUUCUGCCUGAUGAACCCCGACAUCCACAGCACCGUCCCCGGGGUCAAGAACCGCGCCGAGGCCGAAGAGACCGCCACCUGCGUCGACCUGCCCCCCAUCCCGCCGGAACACCUGGCCCGGCUGCAGCAGCUAUACGAAAACGACUUUAGAGGCUGA